AUGUUGUCUCUGAUUCUUCCUCUGAUCUCACUCUUAACCGUAAUCCAAUGCCUCAACGUCGUUAAGUCGCAACCGGUGCGGUUAAACCAAAUCUGCUCAAACGUCACAGGCAACUUUACUGUUAACAGCCCUUACGCCGUCAACCUCGAUCGUCUUAUCUCCUCUCUAUCAUCUCUCCGGCAGAAAGAUAACGGAUUUUCCAAAAUUUUACUCGGAGACUCCGAUGGAAAAGUCAACUCAAUCUCACAAUGUAGAGGCGAUGUCAAACCUGAAGAGUGCAUCAACUGUAUCGCAAUGGCUGGAAAAAGAAUUGUCACAUUGUGUCCGGUUCACAAAGAGGCGGUUAUCUGGUACGACAAAUGUACGUUUAGGUACUCAAACCGGACGCUUUUCAACAGAUUGGAGAUUUUCCCUCAAACAAGCAUAACCGGGACGAGAAACUUCACCGGAGAUCGCGAUGGUUGGGAGAAAUCACUAAGGGGUUUACUCGAAGGGCUUAAAGGCAGAGCAUCCGUGAUUGGCCGGAGAAAGAAGAAUUUUGUCGUCGGAGAAACGAGUGGGCCAUCGUUUCAGACAUUGUACGGUCUGGUUCAGUGCACGCCGGAUAUUUCGGAGGAGGAUUGUUCGUAUUGUCUGUCUCAGGGUAUUGCAAAAAUUCCGAGCUGUUGUGAUAUGAAAAUGGGUAGUUAUGUGUUGUCUCCUAGCUGUGUGGUGGCUUAUGCUCCAUGGAGGUUCUAUGAUCCAGUGGACAUUGAUGAGCCAAGCUCAGUGCCUACGACGCCAUCACAGCCUCCAACGAAUGAGACGAGAAGUGUUGCACAAGGUGGGGAUAAAAACAGAGGUGUACCUAAAGCUUUGAUCUUUUCGGCUGUUUCAGUUGCUGUUGUUGUCUUAUUUAUCAUAUUAUUAGUCGUAUUCCUAAGGUCGAGGAAUAAGAAAAAUAAGAGGAAGACAAAUAAUGAUGAACGAAAACUUGAAGAUAUUGGCACAGAUUCCAUGAGAUUUGAUUUCACUAUGUUGAAAGAUGCGACAAGUCAGUUUUCACUCCAAAACAAACUUGGAGAAGGUGGAUUCGGAGCAGUUUAUAAGGGUGUGCUUUCUGAUGGACAAGAAAUAGCGGUGAAAAGGUUGUCGAAAAAUGCACAGCAAGGUGAAACUGAAUUCAAGAACGAGUUCUUAUUGGUGGCAAAGCUUCAACAUCGUAAUCUCGUCAAGCUCUUAGGUUACUCAAUACAAGGAACUGAAAGGCUUCUCGUCUAUGAGUUCCUCUCACACACCAGUCUCAACAAGUUCAUCUUUGAUCCGAUCCAGGGUAAGGAAUUGGAUUGGGAAACUAGAUACAAAAUUAUUGGAGGUGUAGCUCGAGGACUUCUUUAUCUUCAUCAAGAUUCUCGUCUCCGGAUAAUUCACCGUGAUCUUAAAGCUAGUAACAUAUUGUUAGAUGAGGAGAUGACCCCUAAAAUCGCAGAUUUUGGAAUGGCUAGGCUAUUUGAUAUCGACCACACGACUCAACGCUACACGAAUAGGAUCGUUGGGACUUUUGGAUACAUGGCUCCAGAGUAUGUAAUGCACGGACAGUUCUCGUUUAAGACAGAUGUUUACAGCUUCGGAGUAUUGAUCCUUGAGAUCAUCAGUGGUAAGAAAAACAGUUGUUUCAGCAAUGAGGAUAGCAUGGAGGAUCUCCUUAGCUUCGCAUGGAGAAAUUGGAAGGAAGGCGUUGCUUUGAAUCUUGUGGACAAGAUUUUGAUGACAAUGUCAAGUUAUUCAUCGAAUAUGAUCUUGAGAUGCAUAAACAUUGGUCUUCUUUGUGUCCAGGAGAAAGUUGCAGAGAGGCCAAGCAUGGCUUCGGUUCUUCUGAUGUUAGAUGGACAUACUCUUGCUCUUUCAGAGCCUUCAAAGCCUGCGUUUUUCACACACAGCAACAUGGUAUCGGAUACUUCUUCUUCUUUAGGACAUAUUGCAAAAACUUCAAAUUAUAAUUCCAACACUGAGUUGUAUCCUCGGUGAGUUUGUCUGACAAAACUGAAAUUAGAUUUCUCUGACUAAAUGAUGAAUCAUGGAGUUUGAUUAGAUCUGAGUCAACUCACUUUAAGUGAGGAAAAAGAGUGUUACAAGUCUCUGUUUCACUUUCAAGGAGAGGUGUCAUCUCAUCUCUUGAA